UCUGACUUGGACAAUGUCUCGUCUCGAAGCGAAAAAGCCUCCGUUAUUUAUUAGUGAGCCGUUAACUAAAGAUGGAGUUAGUAAGUCACUGUCUCUGCUGAGUGCAAUAUUGAAAUCUUGCUAUGGUCCUGCUGGUAGACUCAAGCAGCUCCACAAUGGUGUGGGAGGCUACGUUUGUACGACUUCACAAUCCUCAGCUGUACUCAGUCGUCUUUCUGUCAGUAAUCCUGUGGUGCGGGUUUUGACGGCCUCUGUACAGAACCACGUUUCCCGCUUCAGUGACUGUGGCUUAUUUACUGCCAUUCUUUGCUGUAGCUUGAUUGAAAACUUUCAAAGCCUAAAUGUUGAACCUUGCACUGUCAUUAAAAUAAGCAAGCAUCUUUUGGGUUUGUGUAUGGACUACCUUAAAUCUGAGGCCUGUGGCUGCCGAGUAUCUGUGGAUUUUGGCAGCAUCCAGACUCUUCUUUGUUUGGUACGUAGCGUAUUAACAAGCAAACCUGCUUGCAUGCUUAAUAAACCUGAAGUUGAUCAUCUCAGCACGCUGAUUUUAAAGGCUUUUAUGUUUACUGUUCCAAGUCACGUUGACACUAAUGCUGUUUUAGGCAAGUGUAUAAUAGUACCCGUGAAAGGUAGAAGAGUUGUGGAUUCUACAGUUGUUCCUGGACUACUGAUAGAAACACCAGAAAUUCAAUUGGCAAAACCACUUACUGUCAAAAGAACUUGUUCAAACAUGAUCAAGAUAGCACUUUUCUCUGUAUCUAUGUCAGGAGACUGCUUCAGCUCUGAAGAAGGAACUAUAACAGUCCAGCAUGGAAUUUCUCUAGAAGUAUCAGAGCUGAAUCAGUUGCUUAACGUAGGAAAGCAGCUGGUCGAUGAUGAGGUAGGCCUUGUUAUAUGCCAGAAAGUUAUCCAUCCAUCCUUGAAACAGUAUCUGAAAGAGAACCAUGUCUUUGCUGUGGACAGAGCUGGGCUGUUGCUGAUGGAGCCUCUGAGUCGGAUGACAGGUUCAAAGCCUAUAGCUUCCAUACAUUUGUUGUCUCCUAGUUGUUACGGCAGUUUGAAAGACGUGUGCGUUGAGAGUUUUGCUUCAAAACAUUUUGUGCAUCUAAUUCCUGAGGACACAGUUGUCUGCAGCUUGGUACUCUGUAACAGAAACGAAACAGCAUGGGAUGAACUAAAGCGUGCCUGUGAAACUGCAGAACAUGUGUUACAAUUAACGAUCAAGGAGCCUUUGGCAUUGUUUGGAGGUGGCUGUACAGAAACUCACCUGGCUUCAUACAUAAGACACAAGACUUAUAGUCUGUCCACCAGCAGUUUAAAAGAGAUAGACUGUUCUCGGACACAGUACCAAUUGGUUGCUGAUGGUUUUUGCCGUUCCUUGGAGUCUGUAGCUUGCUCUCUGAAUCAUGAUGAUGAAGAAAUUCUUACAGACGUGGUUUAUGGACAUUGUUGGUUUGUUCCAUCGGGUUUUCCCUCUGUCUCUAAUUGGUCAGAUUUAGUUUCAAAAUGUGGCUGUGGUGUUAAUGGUAACACUGAGAAUCUCAACUGGAGGCUUUUGCAAGGCCAAUUUAGAUCUCCUGUUAUACAAGAUUGCCCUAAGGAGCCCUCAGUAAAGGGUGUGGACUUUCUGACAUUGGACUGUUUUGCUGCAAAGUGUAGUGGCCUACAAGUAGCUCUGGAGACAGCCAGUCUGAUUUUGGAUCUCUCAUGUGUUAUCGAAGAUCAAAAUUAGCUCUGAUCUUAUGUGAAUUGUGUUGCACAGCAAGACAUUUAAUUGAAACCAGAGUAAUAUAUAAUGUGUUAAGAUACUUUAAAUGACUAGAAUAAACCAGGAACUUCAAAUCAAACAGUUGGACAUUAAGUACUCUUCUGAGCAUUACUCUACUGUGCCCUCAGGCAUUUUCAAAUGUUCCUGUGGUACCGUCUUCUUAGAAACUGUUAAAUGAUUAGCCAAAUGCACUAUGAAUCAUGGUAACAUAUGACUUAGGAGUAUUCAAAUGAGUGUAUUCAAAAGAAUGAAUGACACUUUGAUAUUCCCUCUGCAUUAAGCAAAGUUUUGGAUGUUUGUUAGCUCCGUGGCAUCUUCAAAGGAAUGGGAAAGACAGUUUCACUUGCUGAGAACAUGUGUUAUGGAUUAGAAUUUAUGUAGUCUCUGCAAAAACUUAACACUUUCAAACAGACUUUUACAUUGCAGCAGAGUUUAUCACUGGUAUUUUUUAUUUUGUGGUUAAAAGGAGCUUUCCGUAGCAAAUAUCUUGAGCAAUGUGUUUUCAGAUUUUGGUAUGAAGAUCUUGUCACCAUAUUCUAUCUCCAGUGUCUGUUUCUAAAUGGCUAGACUAUGUUAAUUCCUGGAUGUUAUUCAUUUAGCAAGUUAUUAAAACUCAGCCUGGAGAUCUUAAGGUAGCAGGUGAUAGAAAACUUUAAAGGAAAUGGCAGACUAUGUGGAAAGAGCUUUUUUUAAAGUGGACCUUGACUGUCUUCUGUGGUAUACAGGACAGUUAAUAAAUAAUGACAUUUCUAUCAUUUAAGCAAAGCUGGAGGAAAGAAUAUCCCAUAUACCAUUCAAUUAACUCUUUGACUGUGCAUAGCUUCUUUUCUUUUAAUGAAAUAAGACUUUGAGCUACUCAAGCUUGUUUUGAUCUUUAAGGCUGUAGACUGAAUGAUUGAAACUUUUUCUCAUUUUCAGUUUGCAUGCAAGAUCAAAGGGGCUGUUAACAGUUUCUUGCUUAAGCUCAUUGUCUUUGCCUCUUUUCUUGUCUCUUUGUUUUCAGUCACAAGGGACAAAUUGUUCAUGACAUGCUUUUCCAGAAAACAUCUGAUUUGGCUAUAGGCUAGUUUGCAUCGCUUGUUUCAUGGUCUCUUAAGUUUUUAAUAUAUUUACCGAGUCUAAGCAGUAAAAUUGUUUUGUAUAACUUGGUUUUGAAAAGUGUAAUUAAAACCAAAUCUUUCCAGACCUUUUGUACAAAGUCCUUUUUAUUUUAAGAGCAUAAAGAAUAAUUUUCUUGACGGAAAAAAAAUGAAGUGUUAAAGUUCUUUAUCUUUUUAUGACCUAAAAGGAUUGCUUCAGUGUUGUAAAGCAUACUUUGGGGAUUUGAGGAAGAAUCUUAUAAGGGUUCAGAUGGAUGCUGUUGCAAGUUGGUUACUAAAAAGUUGCUUUCAUAUCUUGAUCCUCCCAUAUACCAUGAAUUGUAUGACAACAUCAGGAAUAAUGAACUCCUGUGUUUCCUGAUAAAACUUAGGUGCAAAAAUGGUGGGAUUUCCUCCCCUGUGUUUUGAAACUGGCAAGAUGAAAUAUCCCCAGUUGUAAGUCCUCUGAGAAACCAUUAUGGUUUUAUUCGUGUUCCUCCUGGAAUUUUAAGAUUGUUCAGUGGGAAAAGCAUUACACAAGUGU